UCAGACAGGAUGGUUCAAAUUUUUAUCAGGGGCAGCGUGGACGGCCAGGGGCCUCCAGAGUGGCUGCUGGUGGAGCUGCAGGGGGAGACGGUGUCGCGGCACAACGCCGGGCUGGCAGGACACGUGAUGGGCGACCUGCUCUACACCAACGAGGGAGUGCCGGUUCUGAUCGUAGGACAUCACAUUCUCUACGGGAAGCUGGUCAAACUGGAGAAACCCUUCGCCGUCCUCACCAAACGUCCGGGACACUCGCAGGACGGAGGCGCUGAUGAUGUCAGUCAGGUUGCCAUGGAAACGGACCAGCAUCAACCCUCCAGCACCUCGUACUCCGUGUCUGCGCUCAUCAAGCAAAAACUGAUCUUUAAGACCCGACCCAAACCCAUCAUCACCAACGUGCCCAAGAAGGUGUAG